CUCCCUUCUCGAAAACUGCACCGCACCACACUCCAACCCAACACCCGUCGCAAAAGUUCAAGAUCGUCAUCUACGCCACCCAAAGCCACAGCGAGAGACUCAAGACAGAGACCGCCAGCAUGGACCAAGCAAAAGAGCUCCUCGAAAUGCCGCGCGAAUUCCUCAAAGACGGCCGGAGUUUCGUGACGAGGUGCAGUAAACCCGACCGACGCGAGUUCCUGCGCAUCAGCCAGGCGGUGGGGAUGGGGUUCUUGAUCAUGGGCGUGAUUGGGUAUAUUGUCAAACUGAUCCAUAUCCCCGUGAACAACAUUCUUGUCGGCGGCGCGUGAGGGAUGGACGGGAUGGGCGGCGGAAGUUGUACAGUAAAGAGCAUACUCGAGCAUGGCGUUCUCCUUUUGAAGAGCUGGAGAAUUGGUAUUCGCAUUGAGAGAGAGAGACAAAAAUUUCCAAAGAGGUAUCAGAGGCGCGCCGGGUGCCCGAGCGCCAGUAUCAAGU